AUGACAUCUGCUCCAGGUUUAGCAUUUGCUAAUUUAACAUUAAUGCUUGAUGUACCUCAACUACCAGCAAUUUUUUUUGUAAAUAUAAGAAAUAACUUUAAAGUUUUCAUGAAUGAAAUUAAGCAAAAGAUUAUAGAACAUGAAGAAAUUUAUUAUCCACAUAACAGAAUUAAUUUACAAAAUAAACGAAUAAAUAAAAUGGGAAGAAUAAGGAAAUAUAGUAAUAAUAAUAACUGGUUAUUUGGAAAUCCAUAUUAA